AUGUGGAUUGGUCUCCUGGCUCCAGACAAUGCCCAAGGAGAACGAUUCCUGAGGACCCUGACCCCUCUGGUUGUCGGCAGUGAGAUUUGCAUUGCCUUCACAGAAAGCAUCCCAGAAUUCAACAAAGGUGUCAAGGGGUUCAUUUUUCAUGACUAUUCAGUUCUCAUGCAGAGAAAAUGCAAUGUAUUUGUUUACUAUGGAAACACCCACUCUAUGCUUGCACUUGGGGCUUUGAUCAAAUUAGCUGAAAAAAGAGAAAAAUCCAUGGUGGGGAAAGUUUGGAUCACAGGGAUCUUGCAUGAUAUCAGCUUGAUGUCCUUUCUGAAGGCAUUUGAUAUCCAGCACAUCCAUGGGUCCUUUUGCUUUUUGACCCAGGCAAAUAAGAACAUCAACUAUGACAAUUUUGAAUCUUCUGUAACUACUCUCAUUGAAAUUGGAUAUGCAGCAUUUCAUUGUAUCUCUUCAAAUCAUGCAUUGUCUGUGAAACAUUUGGUAAGAUGCAGAGAGAAAGACGACCUGGAGACUCCAUUCCAUGAAGAGCUUGAAAGGAUCCUGCCUCAAGACAGCCACAGCAUUUACAACUCUAUCCAGCUGGUGGCCCAUGCCUUAAAUGCUGCCUUCUUAUCCAAAUCUAAUGGGAAGCUGAGAGGAGGCUGGCUGGGACUUCAGAAGCUACAGCCAUGGCAGCUUCAUCCUUUCUUGAGAAACUUCCGGUCUUACUAUAAUUCCAUGGAAGGAGUUUAUUUUGAUGAGAACGGGGACAUGGCAGUGGAUUUUGAUAUUGUGAACUGGGUGGCAAUGCCCAAUCAGUCUAUUGUGAGAGUGAAAGUUGGGAGUGUGGAGAGAUGUGCUGCUCCAGAGAUAAAGUUCAUCAUUGAUCAGGAUGUCAUUGUGUGGCCCAGAUGGUUUAAUGAGACCCUGCCUCAUUCUAGGUGCACUGAAAGUUGCCCACCUGGAUACACUAAGCUGAUUAAGGAAGGAGAACCUCUUUGCUGCUACGAUUGUUCUCCAUGCGUGGAAGGGACAGUUUCUACUCAGGAAGAUGCAAGUCACUGUCAGAAGUGUCCAGAAGAUCAAUAUCCAAGCAAGAUCCAAGAUCAAUGUAUUCUCAAGCAUAUCAGCUUCUUGUCCUAUGAGGAACCUCUGGGGAUCAUCCUAAAUGUCCUUACUCUUUUCUUCAUCCAAAUCACAAGUUUUGUUUUGGGAAUAUUCAUUAAAUACUCCGAAACCCCAGUUGUUAAAGCCAACAAUCGAGAUCUGUCCUACGUUCUCCUUGUCUCCCUUCUGCUUUCGUUUCUCUCCUCUUUUCUCUUCAUCGGUCAGCCCCAGAAGGUGACCUGCCUUCUCCGACAAACUGCUUUCAGCAUCAUCUUCUCUGUUGCCAUCGCUUCAGUGUUGGCCAAAACUGUCACUGUGGUGGUGGCCUUCAUGGCCUCACAGCCUGGGAGCAGGAUGAGGAAAUGGAUGGGGAAGAGCUUGGCCAACUCCAUUGUCUUUUCCUGUUCCUGUAUUCAAGUGGGCAUCUGCAUUCUCUGGCUGAGCAUCAAUCCCCCCUUCCCAGACUCUGACAUGCACUCCCAGUCUGGAGAAAUUGUACUGCAAUGUAAUGAAGGGUCUGUGGCCAUGUUUUAUGCUGCCCUUGGCUACAUGGGCUUUCUGGCUGCCGUCUGCUUCACUGUGGCUUUCCUAGCUAGAAAGCUGCCUGGGGCAUUCAAUGAAGCCAAGCUGAUCACCUUCAGCAUGUUGGUGUUCUGCAUUGUUUGGGUGUCCUUUGUGCCCACCUACCUGAGCACCAAGGGGAAAUACAUGGUUGCUGUGCAAGUCUUCUCUAUCUUGGCCUCCAGCUUGGGCUUACUGGGCUGCAUCUUUCUUCCCAAAUGCUACAUUAUUAUACUGAGGCCUCAUCUGAAUACAAAGGAACAACUAAUGAUGAAACAAAAAGAUGGACUCUGA